AUGGUGCUAUUCAGUGAUCAAAGAAUCACGGCCAUAGCGGCAGAGGAAGGAGGAGAUAAAUCUACCACUAUUCCUCCAUUUUCCUAUCUGUCCAUAAGAAAAUCCAAAGAAUAUGACACUGAUGCCACUCGAAUAGCAAAAACACUGUACUCUUAUGGUAAUGUUUUGUUUGUUUCUCUUUUUCCCCUUCCUUCCUUCCUCUCUCUUUCUUUCAGCUUGCGGAGAGAGGGCUACACCGUACAAGUCAGCGUUAACGACUACCUGGACAUCUACUGUCCACACUACAACCAGAGUCAGCGGGGGGCGCUAGAGCGUGGUGUGGCUGAGCAGUACGUUCUCUAUAUGGUCAGUUACCGGGGCUAUCGCACCUGCGACCCGCAGAUGGGCUUCAAACGCUGGGAGUGCAACCGGCCGCAUGCCCCCCACACGCCAAUUAAAUUCUCGGAGAAAUUCCAACGUUACAGCGCCUUCUCGCUAGGCUAUGAAUUCAACGUGGGUCAUGAGUACUACUAUAUAUCCACACCAAUCCAUCACCAUGGACACAGCUGUUUAAGACUGCGGGUGUUUGUCUGCUGUUCUACAGCCUCUAAUGCAGAUGACGACUCUAACCAGAGUCCACCUGACUACACUGUCACACCCAAACUACAUGACAUUGACGAGUUUAACCCUGAGAUCCCUAAACUGGAGAAGAGCGUCAGCGGCAGCAGUCCGUCUGGAGACCGACUGUUAAUCACUGUGGCGACGCUUCUCCUCGCUGCUCUCCUCGUGUCCUAGCAACCGUCUCUCUCUCUCUCUCUCUCUCUGACAUUUCUGAGCCAGCAGUCCCGAGCGCUCCAAGAAAAAGAUCGUCUUUCGUUCAACCUGUGCGGGAGAUUAUCCAAUCAGAACAGAUUAACCACUAGUCGAGCCCUAAACGUGGGAGCUAAUUGUAGAUCUACCGCACCCAAAUAGUGGCCUUUGUCUCCACAAUUUUGGACCUUAUGAAUAAGGAUGACAUGCAUUGAUUUUAGAACUUGCCUUUGUGAUGGAACGUUCACUCUUCUCAAACAAAAAAAAAGUGAAUCCGGUUAGACAGUGAGGUCUCUGCCUCUAGCUAGGUCUGUUCUCAUCUUCAAUGAACCUAUCCAGACUGGGGCAGCUCUUGAAGUGGACAUUUUGGGAUUGACAUGAGCUCAAAUGCGUCAUAGUGGUCAGUGCUUUGACCGCUGGAUCUCAGCUGAGGGACUCAAGGAGUAUUGGAGACCUUUGAUCCUGUCUUAACAUUCUGUCACAACCCAUACCUAUGUGACUGCGAUAUGUGUCAGUAAUUGAUAGUUCUGCAGCAGAGAUCAAUAAAACUCAUUUGCCAGUCACUAAGUUCAGGUGUUAGGCUUAUGAAUCGUUCACAGAAAGGCACGGCUGCUGUUUCUGCUAGUCGCCGGGCUGGAGUCUCGUCUGCAAGCUGUAAUGCGAACGCUUUCCAUCUAGUUUCCUAGUUCCAUUGCUGAACUUGGAAACUAGAGGCACAUUUAUCGGUCAGAGACCAUCACUUUUGUACAUUGUGUGACCGAAAAAGUUUGGUCAUCAAGCAGCGCACAUAAUGAAAGAGAAUCGGACCGUCUGAACGGUAGAUGAUAGAUAGACUUCUGUUUGCUGUAAUAUGUACGUGUCAUCAUCGGGAGGUACUGGAUUGCCACUGAUUAGCAUAGUGGCCAUUUUUUAAGAGCGGUCAAGUCGUAAACUGCAAUUCGCUGUUUUAUAUCGAUGAAUUGCGAUGCAGAAGUAGUUUUUACCGUACAAAACAUAUUUAACUGCUCUUUGAGUAUGUUACUUUAUAUACUUAAUUUAUUGAGUUAUUUAUUGAUCAUUUGAUCCUUUUUUGAAACUUUGUGAGUUUUUGUCUGCUUUCUUGAGGGAUCUUUCCUCAUCUUUGCUAAUGCCAAAUUAUUUAGUUUGUUUUUGUUCAUUUCAUGGCCUUUAUUUCUGUUCAUGUGCCAGCAAAUUGAGUCACAACUCAUACAGUAGUUACAAAAAAAAAUCUUCAUCCAUUGCUCUCAGUUGAAAUAGGUGCAUUUUCUUCAUAAGGAGAGUCAUUAUUAUAGGACAGUGUCAGAUUGUUGUAGUCUAUAUUGGUGGGCGGGGCUGGGAGGGCAUUUAGGGAGGGGUUUCUCAAAAAGGGUGGGGCUUCAAUGCAGUAAUGGAAUGAGUAAGCAUUCCUCAGACCGCUGCAGACAAUGUCAAGAGUGAAUGUCUAUGUAAAUGUGUCUGCGUAUGUGUCUUAUGAGUGUGCACUUUACAAAGGGAUCGUAUGAAAGCGUGCGCGUUUUGGCAUUUUCAUAUGCAUUAAGAUACACAUUUGUAGGAUUUAAAUACUCAAGCUUGCGUGAGAGUUUGGCUGGUGAGAGCGGGGCGGGCGAGAACGAAAGCAUUUAUCAUUGUUGGAAACAACAGUACCAAUCGUGUUUACGUUAGAAUGAUUACAAACAUGUAAAUGAAUCAUGAAUGACAAUUACCAGAAUGAAACUUAAUAAACCAUUCUUAUUUUAA